AUGAUACCAGAAAGACGCAUUGGAGAAGAAAGAAGAGGAAGCUCCAGCCACCGUCAAAGCUUCCCAAUCACUAGAUCUCGUAUGUCGCCGCGUCUAAAGAGCAGGAAGCGAAUAUGCAUACAGGAGGUUAAUCCACGAAUCGUCCUCUUCGGAUUACACAAUCGAGAAUCUCCAGCAGAUCUGAGGAGUAUGGGGCUAAAACCACGACUCAGACCAGAGAAAACGAAGACGAGAGAGAUCCGUUUUGUGCAGAAAGGCCUCUAUGGCUUUGUUCUCUGA